GGAGUCUUGACGACAGAGGGUUUGAUUGGCGGGACCCUGGCUGUGGCGUCUGUAGCUGAAGCGGUGGCGGGAAGGCUGCUGUGUGGGUUGAUUGACUUUCACGUCGGUGUUUAGAUUCGGCUCAGUGUUUUGAGUUGUGUUUUACUCCACCUCUCGGCCUGGAGCUGCAGCUGCGCCCAGUGGACCAAAGAAGCAGGGAUGGAGAGCCCAAACCUUGGGGACAACAGAGUCCCCUCCCACAUCGCUGGAGAGAGCCUAGUUCCAGACCCGCCUUGGGAUCGCUGCAAGGAAGAUAUUGCUGUUGGACUGGGAGGAGUGGGAGAAGAUGGAAAGGACCUGGUGAUAAGCAGUGAGUGCAGCUCCCUUCUCCAGGAGCCCACUGCUUCUACUCUGUCUAGUACUACAGCGACAGAAGGCCACAAGCCUGUCCCGUGUGGAUGGGAAAGAGUUGUGAAGCAAAGGUUAUCUGGGAAAACUGCAGGAAAAUUUGAUGUAUACUUUAUCAGCCCACAAGGAUUGAAGUUCAGAUCAAAACGUUCACUUGCUAAUUAUCUUCUCAAAAAUGGGGAGACUUUUCUUAAGCCUGAAGAUUUUGAUUUUACUGUACUGCCUAAAGGGGGCAUCAAUCCAGGUUAUAAACACCAAAGUUUGGCAGCUCUGACUUCCCUGCAGCCAAAUGAAACUGACGUUUCAAAGCGGAACCUCAAGACACGAAGCAAGUGGAAAACAGAUGUGUUGCCUCUGCCCAGUGGUACUUCAGAGUCGCCAGAAAGCAGCGGACUGUCUAACUCUAACUCAGCUUGCUUGCUAUUGAGAGAACAUAGGGACAUUCAGGAUGUUGACUCUGAGAAGAGGAGACAGUCCAAAAGCAAGGUGACUGUUUUGAAAGGAACUGCAAGUCAGAAAACCAAACAAAAGUGCGGGAAGAGUCUCUUAGAUUCUACUCGAAGAAACAGAAAAAGAGCAUCUGUGGUUCAGAAGGUGGGUGCUGACACUGAGCUGGUGCCACAGGAAAGUCAGCUCAACAGAACCCUCUGCCCUGCAGAUGCCUGCGCAAGGGAGAUCGCCAGCCUGGCUGGGGAAGAAAAGGGCCUGGGACAAGAACAAUCACCAAGCCCAGGACCUGAUCUUGGUUUCAUACAAGUAACUUCUGGCACCACAAACAAAUUCCAUUCAACUGAAGCAGCAGGUGAAGCGAAUCGUGAGCAGACUUUUUUAGAAUCAGAGGAAAUCAGAUCGAAGGGAGACAAAAAGGGGGAGGCACAUUUGCAUACCGGCGUUUUACAGGAUGGCUCUGAAAUGCCCAGCUGCUCACAAGCCAAGAAACACUUUACUUCUGAGGCAUUUCAAGAAGACAGCAUCCCACGGACACAAGUAGAAAAAAGGAAAACAAGCCUGUAUUUUUCCAGCAAGUACAACAAAGAAGCUCUUAGCCCCCCAAGGCGCAAAUCCUUCAAGAAAUGGACCCCUCCUCGGUCACCUUUUAAUCUUGUUCAAGAAAUACUUUUCCAUGACCCAUGGAAGCUCCUCAUCGCGACUAUAUUUCUCAAUCGGACCUCAGGCAAGAUGGCCAUCCCUGUGCUGUGGGAGUUUCUAGAGAAAUACCCUUCAGCUGAAGUGGCCCGAACUGCUGACUGGAGGGACGUGUCGGAGCUUCUCAAGCCUCUUGGUCUCUAUGAUCUCCGUGCAAAAACCAUUAUCAAGUUCUCAGAUGAAUAUCUGACAAAGCAGUGGAGGUAUCCGAUUGAGCUUCAUGGGAUUGGUAAAUAUGGCAACGACUCCUACCGGAUCUUUUGUGUCAAUGAAUGGAAGCAGGUGCACCCUGAAGACCACAAGUUAAAUAAAUACCAUGACUGGCUUUGGGAGAAUCAUGAAAAAUUAAGUCUAUCUUGAAGCCGCCUGUUUGAAGUUUCCCAUGCGUUGCUUUGUGCUUCCGUUUCUAAGGGCCCUGUGGUGUGCAGUGAGCUCCCUUCCCGGCAUGUGGAUUUUUUUUUUUUCAGUUUGUUAGAAGCCAGUGUAUGUCUUAAGCCUCUGCCAAAAAAAUAAUUGUUAGAUAAUGAUCCUAAAAGUGUUCAGUUUAGGUUUUCCAAUGCUGAAAUUCAACACGCCAAUGCUCAAAUCCAGUUACCAGCACUCCUGCUAAAGAAAGCCUAAACCUGUAUUCUCCUUCUGUAUAAAGUGAUAUUGUCAUGUGUGGAAAGCCUGCCGUUCUUAAUGGGUGUUCCAGUGUUAUCGCUUAAAUAGCGAGGCGUUUACUUUAGAAAGAUAUCACUAACUAAAAACCGAAUUGACCUACACAUGGUGGCACACACCUGUAAUCCCAGCACUCAGGAGACUGAGGGAGAAGGAUGGAAAGUUGAGGGCCUGCCUCUACUGUGUAGAGAGAGACUCGGCCUCAAGCACAAACAGGGCAGGGCCAGUGAAGUGGCCCAGUAAAUGAAGUCACUUGCUGCCAGGCAUGGUGAUCUGAAUUCCAUCCCUGGAACCCACUCCUGAAGGUUGGCCUCUUACCUUCACUUGAGCUCAUACAUACAUGUUACAGAAUACAUAAAAUUUUCAGAAAUGGUCUGCAGAGAGAUGGUUCAGUGGUUUAAUAUGCUUGCUGCUUUUAUAGAAGUCACUUUUUAGCACCGACAUCAGGCAGCUCACAACUGCUUAUAACAGUUCCUGGGGAUCUGACACCUUCUUUUGGCUUCAUUGGGUACCUUAGCACAUGUGGCAUAUAUAGAUAUAGAUAUACAUAAAAAAAAAAUUAAGUCCUAAUUACUUAACACUUUUUUUUUUCUUUUUGGUUUUCUGAGACAGGGUUUCUCUGUGUAGUCCUGGCUGUCCUGGCACUCACUCUGUAGACCAGGCUGGCCUCGAUCUCAGAAAUUCGCCUGCCUCUGCCUCCCAAGUGCUGGGAUUAAAGGCAUGCGCCACCACUGCCCGGCUACUUAACACUAUUUUAAAAUGUAGUUUGAAAAUUAAAUUAUAUCUCUUCCUCAAGUCAACAUUACUCCAAAAUGCAUAAUAUUCCACCCCAUUUUUCAUUAAUAAAAUAUAUUUUUCAUUAAUAAAAUAUAUUCACCCAUGCCAGUCAUCAUGGUAUACUACUAUAAUCCUAACACUUGGGAGUCUGGAGAGAAUCAUGAUCAAGGCCAGCCUGGGCUAUAUGGUAAGACCCUAUAUCAAAAAAAAAAAAAAAAAAGAGCAAAAAAAUAAACCAAAAGCUCCACUAGUGGCACAUACACAGACAAUGAGCAGAUGGGCCUUAUAAUGUAUAUGUGAUGAAAAUACAUACACAGUACCUGGGAUGCUGAUGCAAGAGGACCUCUGAAUUCAAGGCAGCCUGGCUUAUGAGAGUGUGAAGGCAGCUUUGGUUACACAGCAAAACCCUGUACAAAAAAUACAAACCAAGUUUGUUGGACUAAAUAAGCUAUGUCUGCAGAAGUGUCUGUCUUGUUUAAUGGAAUUCUUUUUUUUUUUAAAGAUUUAUUUAUUUGUUUUAUGUAUAUGAGUACACUGUAACUGUACAGAUGGUUAUGAGCCAUAAUGUGAUUGUUGGGAAUUGAACUCAGGACCUCUGCUUGCUUCUGGCCCUGCUCUGGCCCCGCUCGAGUAUAAUGGAAUUCUUAAGAUCCUAAUAUACUAUGAAACCUUUCACUUUGUAUUAGGUAGUUAAUAAAAUAUUUUUAUUAAAAAG